AUGCAGAGCCCGCGGGAGCGCGGCGGCCUGGCCCGCUUCUACACGGUCACGGAGCCGCGGCGCCACCCCCGCGGGCACACCGUCUACAAGGUGACGGCGCGGAUCGUUUCAAGAAAAAAUCCAGAGGAUGUCCAGGAGAUAAUUGUUUGGAAGAGAUACAGUGACUUUAAGAAACUGCACAAAGAGCUCUGGCAAAUUCAUAAAAAUCUAUGCAGACACACGGAACUAUUUCCUCCUUUUGCCAAAGCAAUAUUAUUUGGGCGGUUUGAUGAAACUGUGAUUGAAGAGAGAAGGCAAUGUGCUGAAGAUCUGCUGCAGUUUUCUGCUAACAUCCCUGCCCUCUAUAAUAGCAAACAGCUUGAAGAGUUUUUCAAGGGUGGGGAGGUACAUGAUGGUUCUGAACUGAUUGGUCCUGUUGAACCUCUGUCCGAUUCCCUGACUGACAACCUGUCCGACUGCAGCUCCGAAGUUCGGAAGGAUUUAAGUGGGCUUGAUGAUGUGACACUGACCAGCCAAUCGGAAUGUGGAGGACUCUCCAGUGACAGUGACCUGAUCUCUCUGACAGUUGACGUAGACUCUCUUGCUGAGUUAGAUGAUGGAAUGGCAUCCAACCAAAAUUCCCCCACGAGAGCCUUUGGUGUUGGUGUUUUGUCCGAGUCUCCAGCACAAAGCGUGGUGGCAUCUGAGCAGGAGUGGAGCAAAACUGAAGGCGAGAGGGAGAGUCAUGGUUUGUUUACUGGAAGCUUAAAACCCAAGCCUGGCAAACAAGAUUACUUAGAGAAGGCAGGAGAAUUGAUAAAACUGGCCUUGAAGAAGGAAGAGGAGGAAGAUUAUGAAACUGCCUUCAGCUUUUAUAGAAAGGGGGUUGAUCUGCUUCUGGAAGGGGUUCAAGGUGAAUCGAGUCCAACUCGUCGAGAAGCAGUGAAAAGGAGGACUGCAGAGUACCUUAUGCGUGCUGAAAAAAUCUCCACUCUCUACCAUAAACCCUCUGAAGAUGCAUCCAUUUCUAUGCCUCCAGGAUCACUAAGUUCAAGGCCCUCUUGGAACCUAAGGAGCCCUGCCGAGGAACUGAAGGCCUUCAGAGUCCUUGGGGUGAUUGACAAGGUUUUGCUUGUAAUGGACACUAGGACACAGRAGACUUUUAUACUGAAGGGUCUAAGGAAAAGUAGUGAGUACAGCAGGAGCAGAACGACCAUCAUCCCCCGCUGCGUGCCCAACAUGGUGUGUCUGCACAAGUACAUCAUCUCCGAGGAGUCUGUCUUUCUUGUGCUACAGCACGCAGAAGGAGGAAAACUAUGGUCUUAUAUCAGUAAAUUCUUAAACAGAAGUCCUGAAGGGAGCUUUGAAAUUCCUGAACUCAAAACAUCCAGUUCAACUAAAAUUCACCUGCAGCAGCCGACCCCUAGUCCUAAAGAAAUCAGCAGCAGCACUGAUUCCAGGGAAAGCCUUGGGAAGAUGCUGCAGGUGGUGCCCCUGAAGAGCAGCCUGACGCCGAGCUCUCAGGACGACAGCAGCAACCAGGAAGACGGCCAAGAGAGUUCCAAGUGGRUGGACUCGGCGUCCAGCUCGGAGGAAGAGUGCACUACUAGUUAUUUAACACUAUGCAACGAGUAUGGGCAAGAAAAGAUUGAUUCUGGCUCUCUAAAUGAGGAACCUGCCGUCAAAUUGGAGAGUGAAGGUCUCAAUAGCAAGGAGAGAUGCUGUUUGCAGGCGCGCACGGUUGUUGGCGGUGACGGCUUCAGCUCUCAGAUUGCAUCUCAGGAACUAAAGCUUUUCAUUGAUGAUGCUGAGUCGGAAAUAGCCAGUCCUACUAGGAUAUUGGACUCAUUAAAUAAAUCAAAGAACAGCCCCAUGGAACUCUUUAGAAUAGACAGUAAAGAUAGCACCAGUGAGCUUCUGGGGCUUGAUUUUGGAGAAAAAUUAUAUAACCUUAAAUCGGAACCCUUGAAGCCAUUAUUUUCUGCCCCAGAUCAUGACAGGAGCUUUGAUGCUCUGGAAAACAAAACGGGUGUGAGAGCUCACGACACCAUAAGCAGAGGUUCAAAUGACUCUGUGCCAGUGAUCUCCUUUAAGGAUGCUGCUUUUGAUGAUGUAAGUAGUGUUGAUGAAGGAAGGCCCGAUCUCCUAAUAAACUUACCUGGCGUGGAUGAUGAAACAGAGGAGGCAGCAGUGUCGAGGCCCACAAAGUUUACAAAAACUGAUAUAAACAUUUUGGAGGUAAAAUUAUUAGAGACGCCUGAUGUCUUACAAUUAAAUAAUUCUGCAGAACAAUGCAAAGCUUUUGAUCAAGAGCCAAAUCAUGUGGCACCAGARUUGGGCAAUUCUUCCCAUGAAGAAGCAGACGGACAGAGCGGUGUCACUGAGGGAGCUCUUGGGAGGCUGUUCACAGCUGAACCAGAGGUAGGUAGUUCAGAAGAAGGGGCUCUGUUUCCAGGGCUGGGAGCCCGCUCCAUAAACAUGACAAGCGAAGAAGAAAGUUUAUUUGUUUCCAACUCGCUCUCAGGUGCUAAAGACGUUAGUUUAGAUAGAGACRUGAUAAAAGAUGAAGCUGUGUUGCUGUUUUCUGAUCAAAGUGAAGACUUUGGGAAAGAGGAAACCAACCCGGCUUUGUCACCAGCAGCAGAAAGUGAAAAGCCAGGACCAAAGAGUGAAGAUGCAAUAGCAGGAGCAGGGGAGAAGGAAAUGCAUCACAUUUUUCAGGACCUCGACGAAAGAUUAGCGAUAACCUCCAGGUUUUAUAUCCCAGAGGAUUGCAUUCAAAGAUGGGCAGCUGAAAUGGUUGUAGCCCUUGAUGCUUUACAUAGAGAAGGAAUUGUGUGCCGCGAUUUGAACCCAAACAACAUCUUAUUGAAUGAUAGAGGACACAUUCAGCUAACGUAUUUUAGCAGGUGGAGGGAGGUUGAAGAUUCCUGUGACAACGAUGCCAUAGAGAGAAUGUACUGUGCCCCAGAGGUUGGAGCUAUCCUGGAAGAGACAGAAGCCUGUGACUGGUGGAGCCUGGGUGCCAUUCUGUUUGAACUCCUCACUGGGAAGAGUCUGGUUGAGUGCCAUCCAUCAGGAAUAAACACACACACUGCUUUGAGUAUACCAGACCACGUAUCAAAGGAGGCCAGAUCACUGAUUCAACAGCUUUUGCAGUUCAAUCCCGCGGAGCGUCUUGGUGCUGGCGUUGCUGGUGUUGAAGACAUCAAAUCUCAUCCAUUUUUUGCCCUUAUAGAAUGGGCAGAUCUGCUGAGAUGAGAUGUGUGCCCUUUGAACAAGCUCAGGUCAAGCGGACAAGUUUCUCUGGAAAAGCAGCACCCUGACUCGCUUCCCUAAGAUGUCCCCAAUCACUUGGACAUGGUGACUAAAGGACACUGGAGUAAUCAUGCCAAGAGUGAACGCUCUUAACAGGAAUCACUGAUGGUUACAGGGUGCUAGUUUAUUUCUACUGCAACUGGCUGCUGUAUGUUUGUGUAAACCUUCUCACCAAAGGACAGGUUGUGAUGAAACUGCUGGGUAGCAUGUUCAGCACUGCCAGCGUGUCGACGAAGUAGGAACAGGGAUACACUCCUGGUGCUUUGUCUGACGACGGGAAUGGCUGUAGAGUGUGCCAGUUGAAAGUAUCUUUUAUAGU